CUGGCAGAUCACAGAGGUCACAGAACCUUGGCCUGCAGUUGGACCUGCCUGGGGCUGGGCCUCACCCACUCUGCCCACCUUUGCUCAGGAUGUGGGGGUUGCUGUGAGCCCGGUGCUCUGCCCGCUUUCCAUGUGGUGCCCAUGAAGAUGAGGCUGAGGACACGGAAAGCUUCUCAGCAAUCCAACCAGCUCCACCCGCAGCGGGCGCUCCGGGCCAAGCGGAAACACUCGGAGGUGGAGGAGACCUUACCUGGGGGCGGGGGGAAACCACAGAAAAAUGACACCGGCCUCUUGUCUUCAAUCAAAAAGUUCAUUAAAGGAAGCACACCCAAGGAAGAAAGAGAAAACCCCACCAAAAGGAGUCGAAUUGAGCGGGACAUCGACAACAACCUGAUCACAUCCACCCCUCAGACGGGGGACAAGCCCAACAAACAGCUGUCCCGGGUGAGGAGGAAAAGUCAGCUCAAUGGAGCAGUGAUGAUCCAGCUCGGAGUGAGAUCUGCCUCUGGAGUUAGAUCAGGCCACUCAGAGCCUUGUCCAGAAGCUGGAAGUUAUGAGAUGACAAACCAACACGUAAAGCAAAAUGGAAAAUUGGAAGAUAACCCCACCACUGGCAGCCCCCCACGGACAACGUUACUGGGAACCAUAUUUUCUCCUGUUUUCAAUUUUUUUUCACCAGCAAAUAAAAAUGGAACGUCGGGGUCGGACUCUCCGGGCCAGGCUGUGGAAGCUGAGGAGAUCGUGAAGCAGCUGGACAUGGAGCAGGUGGACGAGAUCACCACGAGCACGGCGACGUCCACCAACGGCGCGGCCUUCCCGGGCCAGGCCGUGCCCCUGCGGGGCCCCCCCGGGCUGGGGGACACCGAGGAGCCCGGGGACCGGGACCUGCCCCCGCUCACGGCACCAGUAUCUCCAGACAGUGGCUACUCAUCAGCUCAUGCAGAAGCCACCUAUGAAGAGGACUGGGAAGUCUUUGAUCCAUAUUAUUUCAUCAAACAUGUGCCCCCACUAACAGAAGAACAGCUGAACAGGAAGCCAGCUCUCCCACUCAAAACCAGAAGCACACCAGAGUUUUCAUUAGUUCUAGACUUGGAUGAAACAUUAGUGCACUGUAGUCUAAAUGAAUUAGAAGAUGCUGCACUCACUUUUCCAGUUCUUUUCCAAGAUGUCAUUUACCAGGUCUAUGUCCGGCUAAGGCCGUUCUUCCGAGAGUUCCUGGAACGUAUGUCUCAGAUUUAUGAGAUCAUUCUGUUUACUGCUUCUAAGAAGGUGUAUGCAGACAAGUUAUUGAACAUCCUGGACCCCAAAAAGCAACUGGUCAGGCAUCGACUUUUCCGUGAGCAUUGUGUGUGUGUACAAGGGAAUUACAUCAAGGACUUAAACAUCCUGGGCAGAGACCUCUCCAAAACCAUCAUCAUCGACAAUUCACCGCAAGCCUUUGCUUACCAGCUUUCCAAUGGAAUUCCUAUAGAAAGCUGGUUCAUGGAUAAAAAUGACAACGAACUCCUAAAAUUGAUUCCAUUUCUGGAGAAACUCGUAGAGCUGAACGAAGACGUCCGACCUCACAUCAGAGACAGAUUUCGCUUGCAUGACUUGCUACCCCCCGAUUAAAGCCUUUGCUCUCGCUGCCGAGGGGAGGAAAUGCAGGACCCUGUUGGACUAAUACAAAACAUUGCCAUUACUGUUGAAAUUUUGCAUUUUUGUACCCCGUCUUGCUUUUCUUAUCUUUGGUGCCCAACACUGAUCAAGGGUUACAGAAAGAGACUUUCUACACCUGAGGUUGCCGCCAUCAGUACAAUCCAGUACCCGCAGUAGGGAGGCUAGAACAGAAAAGGCUUUAGAACUAGUGCAACUCCAAGGAAAUUUUUUAUGUACAGGACAUCUGCAGUUUAUAAAGAAAAUUCUGUUUCUGCCACCAGCAGUUUGACCUGUAGAAACACAGGAUUUUAUGAUACAACAGAGAUUGAAAAUGGACUCGGAUUUUCUCUCUGUUCGGUGCUCUAAGUGGGUUUGUAGCCACUUUUCUGUUACUUUUAAGAUUCUCAUUUCAACAGGAAUGGCCAGUAAAAGUUGUUUUAUUUUUCCUGUUAAGGUUUAUAACCUUUUUACAUUUUUGACCUGUAUUAGAUUAGAAUUUCAUUAUGCAUUCCUUUUAGUUGAGGCGCUUCAUAGUUUUUCUGGAAAUAGCCAAAUUUUGUUAGUUUUUUAUUAAACAGUUGGCUGGCCGUUUCCCUGCUUUGUCUGCCUGCAUCCUGUAUAUUUGUUUAAAAAUAUUCUCUAGUUUUAGCCCACGUAAGUUUCAUUUAGAAAGAAAAAAAAAAAACCCCCCGCAUUUAUAUUUUCUUUCUGUAAUAUUCUACUGUAGUCGAAACCUUUUCAAAAAUCAAGAGACUGGCUAGAUAAGAAGAUAAGAAUUACUAAUAUUCCGAAUCUUUUAAACCAUUGUGAUGGCACGUACUCCGGACAGAGCACACCUGGCAGUGGCCCCACGGAUGGACAAGGAAUACCUCACACUGUGCUGUGCAUGGACCUGGCCAGGAGGAGGAGCGUGGUCAGCUGGCAGGUUUGCUGGGAUCCCAUUCCUGCUGCCUCCUUUGCUCCGGGACUGCCGCGCUGCGCUCAGUGUUCCGGGGAGUCGGGCCUGGGCUGGGCACCCCUGGGACACUCCCGGUUCCAAUCAGCCUCUCCCGGGGAGCAGCCCCUGGCAGGGCUCCACCUGCCAUCCCAGUGGUUUCCCGAGGGAAUAGGCCCCAGCCGUGGCUCCUAAUGCAGCGCCCCGGAGGUGAUAUUUUUGUAACGGUGGGAAAUCUGCUUUUCCGGAGGCUUUUUAUGGAAGGUAGAAUUUGUACAAGGUAGGAAGCUUUGCCUCUCGACUGCAUUACCACGCCACAGGCUCGGACUGGUUUUGUGUAAAAGAUGUCACAGAACGGCACUUUUUCUAAAGAGAAGUUUGCUAUUUUGUAUGCUUGAUAAGAAAGUACAGUAUUGGAAAUUAAAGGUGGACAGCUGAUAAUUGAGAAGUAUGUCAAUUAAUUUUUUAUGUAUAUUACCUGUUUACUUGUACAAUUUUAUUGUACAAAUUACAUGCAGCUUCAUUUUCAAAUGAGUCCUUAAAAUAAGGAAAAUCUUUUUAGCAAAACAUUUAAUUUUUGUAUUUUUGAUUUUAAAAGGCAUGAGUUAUGUCAACUUUUUCCAGUGUAUUAAUGAAGAUUUUAACUUUUCAUCAGGUUGAGUGUUUUCUUACUAUAUUAUCUGUUGUGUAUGUAGCUAGCACAUGGUGUCACUGAACUGUUAAACUUAGCAUGUAGAGCAAGCCUGUUUUGUGGAAAAUCCUUAUUCAUUAAAAACAAAAUCAUCAUGGCAGAUUUUCUGCAAAAAAAGUGAAAACAUUUGCAAUUCAGAAUACUGAUUUUUUUUGUAUUUAAAGAAAGGUAUUUUGCUUGCAGGAAAGAAAUACUACAGAUUCAUUUUAAUGAGAAUCUUUUAAAUGUAUUUAUCUUUAGGGCAUCUGGGCAUCUUUACGCUGUUUGUCUUAUGUCUUUAUUGAAAUAAAAUGUACAGAACAUUA